AUCAUGUCAGACUUCAACACCUCUGAGGUUAAGCUCUUUUUCUUGAUUGGGAUUCCAGGAUUGGAGCAUACUCACAUAUGGAUUUCUAUCCCUAUCUGCCUCAUGUAUUUGAUUGCCAUCCUAGGCAAUUGCACCAUCCUGUUUGUGAUCAAGACAGAAACCUCUCUCCAUGAGCCCAUGUACUAUUUCCUCAUCAUGUUGGCCAUCUCUGACCUGGGCCUCUCCCUCUCCUCCUUACCCACUAUGCUGAGAAUAUUCUUGUUCAACGCACCAGGAAUCACCCCUGAUGCUUGCUUUGCUCAAGAGUUUUUCAUACAUGGCUUCACAGUUCUGGAAUCAUCGGUACUUCUGACCAUGUCCUUUGAUCGUUUUAUAGCCAUUCACAACCCCCUGAGAUACAGCUGUAUCUUAACCACUGCCAGAAUUAAAAUGGGGCUGGUUUUGAGCAUCAGGAGCUUCCUUUUAGUGCUUCCAUUUCCAUUGACUCUAAAGAGGCUGAGCUAUUGUCACAAAAACCUGUUGUCCCACUCCUACUGUCUUCAUCAGGAUGUCAUGAAGCUGGCAUGCUCUGACAACAGGGUCAAUCUUGCCUAUGGCUUCUUUGUUGCACUCUGUACCAUGAUGGACCUGGCAUGCAUUACUUUGUCCUAUUUGCUGAUCCUAAAGACAGUUCUUGGCAUUGCCUCUCUCUCAGAGAGAUUCAAGGCUUUCAACACCUGUGUCUCUCACAUCUGUGCUGUGCUUAUCUUCUAUGUGCCCAUUAUCACCCUAGCUGCCAUUCAUCGCUUUGCCAAGCACAAAUCUCCUCUAAUACUGAUCCUCAUUGCCAACAUCUUCCUCCUGGUACCACCCCUGAUGAACCCUAUUGUGUACUGUGUGAAGACUCGGCAGAUCCAGGAAAAGAUCCUCAGGAAACUGUUUUCUAUAUGUGGCAGAUGA